GCCUGCUGCGCGGCACCACCGCGCUUGUCGCCAGGGCCUCCGCCUGCUCCGCCGGCCUGCGGGGCUGCUGCGGGGCUGCUGCGGCGCUGCCGGCCUUGUCCGUCCGCGCGGGCCCCGCGCCCGCGCCCCUCCUCGCCAGCGCGAUGCGGCGGGGGCUGCUGCUGCUGCUGCUGCUGCUGCGCGCCGCGGCCGCCCGCGCCGGGGACGCCGACGAGCUGCACUACCCGCAGGGCGAGCACCGCGCCGACUACGACCGCGAGGCGCUGCUGGGCGGCCAGGAAGAAGUGGAUGAGUACGUUAAACUCAAGCCCGAAGAGCAGCACUCACGGCUGAAGGCCAUCAUAAGGAAAAUUGACCAGGACUCCGAUGGCUUUCUCACCGAAAGUGAACUCAGUUCCUGGAUUCAGAUGUCUUUCAAGCAUUAUGCUAUGCAAGAGGCGAAGCAGCAGUUUGUGGACUAUGAUAAAAACAGGGAUGGUCGAGUGUCGUGGGACGAAUACAACAUUCAAAUGUACGACCGCGUGAUCGACUUCGAUGAGGAAACGGCUCUGGAUGACGCAGAAGAGGAAUCCUUCAGGCAGCUUCAUUUAAAGGACAAGAAACGAUUUGAAAAAGCAGACCAGGAUGCCACUCCUGGUUUGAAUCUUGAAGAAUUUAUUGCCUUUGAGCAUCCGGAGGAAGUUGAAUAUAUGACGGAAUUUGUCAUCCAAGAGGCUUUAGAUGAACAUGACAAAAAUGGCGAUGGAUUUGUUAGUUUGGAAGAAUUUCUCGGUGACUACAGGCGGGAUCCAACAGCCAGUGAAGAUCCAGAGUGGAUACUGGUGGAGAAGGACAGAUUCCAGAAUGAUUAUGACAAAGAUGCUGAUGGCAGGCUUGAUCCCCAAGAGCUGUUGUCUUGGGUAGUGCCCAACAACCAGGGCAUUGCACAGGAAGAGGCUCUUCAUCUAAUUGAUGAGAUGGAUUUAAAUAACGAUAAAAAGCUCUCUGAAGCAGAGAUUCUGGAAAACCAGGACUUGUUUCUUACCAGCGAAGCCACAGACUACGGCAGACAGCUCCAUGAUGAAUAUUUCUAUCACGAUGAGCUCUAACCCCGGGCAGAGUGGAGUAGAGUACCGGCUCCUUUUAUAAUUUGUUACCAGCUUUACUUUUGUGAUACAAUAUUAUUAUAUUUUACACUCCUGAGUCUUACAACCAUCAGAAUUACCUGAAUGUACAAUAUAAUUUUGGCCUCUGAGAAGGAAAACAAAAAACAAAAACCUGAUAUUUAUUUCAAAGUGUGCCGAGGUAAACAAAGCAAUGCUGUGCCACGACGGAGUCUUUCCUAAAUAUUCCAUCUGUUUCGUACUGUAUUGUGGGAUAUUUUAGUUCUGUUUCCAUACCAGGAAAAGGAAGAUUGUAGCGAUGCCUAUGCCUGAACGAUAUUUAAGUAGUAUGUGACUGAACUAUUAAUUUUUGUCUUAAGUAGAUUUAAGUUGGGAACUGACAGAAAGGAACUUGUUUUUAGAUUUAGCGUUUUGUUUUAAAACCUUUAAAGGAACCUUUAGGAGGACUUAUACCUCACAUAUUAAUGUUGAGAAGUUCUGCUUAAUUUUAAAAUGGUUUCUAUAAAGGGUUUUAUUGUAUGAAAUAGAACUUUAUAUUUUUGCAUAUGUAUAGAUAGUAAUUAUAUUUAAUGUGUAACUAGAGCAUUAUGGUGUGUGGAAUUUUACAUUGUCCAGAACUCUCUUCAUUUUUGACUGAUUAAAAAUGAAAUGUCCUAUCUCUUUA